AAAAAUGCAUAACAUUAAUUUUGGCGCAAUCAAAACACCAAUAAAAUAAAAUCACAAAAAGCUCCUAAUUAUCGAAAGGAUUCAAACAAAUAAAUCAUAUCGCAAAUAUUGUCAGCGGUACACAGUAAAUCACCAGCCUAAUUUGAAACGGAUCCGUGCGCUGCGUCAAAAUUUAGCUCUCGCGGCACUAAUCUCAUAAAGGGCUCCAGCACCGCUCAAUAGGAUUUAACAAGCGGCAUUCACGACUCCUCAUUAUAUUUUUAUACUUUAUACCUUUAGUGGUGGACAUAAAGUGCGCGAUCAAAACGCGCGAACCCCUACAAAAGGUAAUUAUGUUUUGAUUCCUACAAAAAAUCGAGUAUCACAAAGGAGACUAACGAGAUAAGAGCGUGCUAAAUCGCUCCCCCUGCGGCCCGCGCGCGGAUCAAUUCUCGGCCGAACGGUCGAUUGGCUGAGCGGGACGACUCCACGGGGGGCGGAGCCCUGCCCGGCCCGCCUCGAGGGCCUCCGCCGCUCCGGCCGCCAGUCCACCUCCGAGCGCCCGCAUGCGUACACGACACGAUCCCCCAGUGAACUGUGCUAAAUGGAACUGAACGUUCAAUGUUAAAGAAACAAAGCUACGAAGAGAAAGAAGUGAAUAUGGCGAUAGAAAGUGUUUCGAGGUACCCCAGAAGCCCGGCGGAGGCUACGGAGCCGCCGAAGCCUUCGAGGAUAAGCUUUAGCGUGGCUUCCAUACUCGCGGACACUAAAGCUAAUGAGGAGACUGCUGAAGUUCUGAGGCAUCAUAGGAGUAUUCCGGAAUCUCCUCUAAGACAGUCACCGUCGGCUCAGCCCGAGCUGCCAGGUGGAAAGUCGUUGUCUCCGCGGCCUUCUUCGCAAACGCCUCCUUUGAAUUUGAACGCCUCAGCGACGGUGACAUCUUCGGAUGACGAAUACGAAGACGGUUCGAUAGUUGACGUGGAAGAUUUGAAUUUGCGGAACGGUCAGAGCGAGGACGAGGAGCGGUCGAAGGAGGAGAGGUUAGGGCCGGUGCGGCCGACGCCGUUCAGCGCGCUGGCGGCGGCGGCGGCGGCGUACCACGGGCUGGGCGGCUGGCCCGGCGCGCCCUCCGUCGUGCCUUCCUUUGGACCUCUGUUCCCUCCACACUUUAACGUUGGACACAUAACAGACGCCAACGGCGGCCCUCCGAAGCUGAAAUGCAACCUGCGCAAGCACAAGCCGAACCGCAAGCCGAGAACACCCUUCACAGCGCAGCAACUUAGAGCGCUCGAGAGCAAAUUCGUCGAGAAACAGUACCUUAGCAUCGCUGAGCGCGCCGAGUUCUCGUCAAGCUUAGGGUUAUCUGAAACUCAGGUAAAAAUCUGGUUUCAAAAUCGCCGAGCGAAAGCGAAGCGGGUGCAAGAAGCAGAGAUCGAGAAACUAAAAAUGGCGCAGUUCUCUCGUCACCCCCACCACUUGUACCCCCACCCGCUGCAGCAGUACUUCCACCCACAUCACCUGAUGGGGGGCCGACCUUUGCCCCCGAUGGGCAUGCCGCCCCAUUUAGGCAUGGUUCAAAGCCCCGUGUCAGGAGGCUCGCCAUCACCUAGUACGCAAACUGGCCCGCAAUAAGAAUAUCAUUAUUCAAAAAAUGUGGGACUGACAAGUAAAAUGAGGAAUACAAAGAAGAUAACUAAAAUACAGAUACUUAGAGCUGCAGUAAGUGAUCAAAUUUAAUGGGACUUAUUUUAUUUGUUAUUGAGUAAGAAGCUCACGAUAGGUAACUUUGUAGGUAUUAGAUUUUUUUCUAUCAAUGAUUUAAAUGUCUAAAAGCUUAUCUGGGAUAAGAAAAGUCAAAUUAUUUGAACAUCUGAUGUGAAUUGAAUUUGGAAUGUAAGGACUCGUUUUUUAUCAGACAAUUGUCGAGUUUAUGUAAAAUAUUCUGUAAAUAUAGUUAAGUUAGAUUUAAAUAGCACCAUAUUAAGGAUUGUAUUAAUUUAAUGUAUUUACGUUGUGUAGAUUGUUUAUUACCAAAUAUUUUAGUUUAUUCGAUUUAUUAUGUUUAACUCUUUCCAAGGCAUUUUUUUCGAUCCUUUUUUAAAUACGACGAAAAAAUAUGCCAUGGAAGUUCGAAUACAGCUAAAGAAAUAUUGUAAAAUAUUUUUGUACAUAAAGUUGAAUGAUAAUUGUAUAUUAUUAUUUCUACUUCAGUAGUUAAAUAUAUAUAUUAUAUUUCUUUCA